CACCUGCACACAGAGAGGAAGAGAGGGGGCUCGGAGGAGCAGGCGGAGGUCGCCAUGGGUUUCGUGGUGCGCCCCUGUGCCGUGAAGGACCUCAAGGACAUUAUGCGGCUGGUUGAGGAAAUUGCGGUCAUUUAUAACGUCCCCGUGAAUAAGGUUGCAACCAGCGUAGAAGUUCUAAAGAAACACGGAUUUGGUGAAAAGCCGAGAUUUGAGUGUUUUGUUGCCGAAGUUCCUCCGGAGCAGAAAAGCAAAGAAGGUCACACCCUGAUCGGUUACGUGCUUUCCGCCUACACGUAUAACACCUGGCGAGGGAAGAACCUCUACAUGGACAACCUGUACGUCAUGCCGGAAUUUAGAGGAAGACGUAUUGGGAAGACGCUCGCAAGCACGGCAGCGAUGGCCGCCUGGCAGAAAGGUUGCACGCAACUCCGAAUGCAUGUGAGUGCCGAUAAGCCAGAAAACAUAGAAUUCCUUAAGCGCCAGGGAGGCGAAAACCUCACAGAAACAGAAGACUGGAACAUCUUACGGUUUUACAACCCGGUCCUCCGGGGCAUGGCGGCUCAGAGCAAAUUCUAGCCUCGGAUGGGGGCGGCAGGGCGGGGGACACCAUCCUGGACCAUGGACGGGAUGCCUGCAUAAUGAGGGUCAAUGACACCCCUUUUAGAAAUGGUAAUGGAAAGCUAACAUAAAGUUUCCCUGUUGUGACA